AUGAUGUUCUCAUCUUCUCGACCAAUGGGCCAUUUCUCUGGACCUCAAGUGAAAAUGGCAAGUAUGACAUUAGCGACCAUCCAAAUGCAAUUAGAAAGACAAAAAAUGAUGCCUGUUAGUGCUGAGACGUAUUUAGAUAUACUAAACAGACUGUUAGAACCUCUGGCUAUAGUUCAAGGUCCGAUGGGUUUAAGAACUUGGUUAUCGGAAGUUCAGUAUUUUAUGACACUGAUGAAACAACGUUCGUUUAGUGGAAGACCUCUAAUGCCGAGAGAACGACAAGUGCUGGUGUGGUACUCUGCUAGAUGGCGUGAAUUGAGAGGUGGACCCUGCGAUAUGGGUCGUCCGGAAGCUCAAAUCGUCUUGAUCGCUCUUGGUGAAUUAGCAAGGUUCUAA